AUGUCAGAGGGUAGGAAUCUGCGCCUCUGGGAGAGCGAGAUAUUAUCGGCUGUGCCUGCCGCCAAGAAAGACCAGGAAGGGGCCAUAGAGAAGAGCGCGGCCAAGAAGAAGGUGAAGGAGCUGAAGGUCCUGGACAGCAAAACGUCUCAGAAUCUCUGCAUUUUCCUGGGGUCCUUCCGCAUGCCGUACGAGGAGAUAAAGAACGUAAUUCUGGAAGUGAACGAGAAACUCCUCGCAGAGUCCAUGGUGCAGAACUUGAUUAAGCUGUUGCCAGAGCAAGAGCAGUUGAAUUUCCUGGCGGAAAUGAAAGAUGAGUAUGAUGACCUGGCGGAAUCCGAGCAGUUUGGAGUGGUGAUGAGCUCGGUGAAGCGUCUGAAGCCGCGCCUCACGGCCAUCCUGUUCAAGCUGCAGUUCGAGGAGCUGAUGAACAACAUCAAGCCGGACGUGGUGUCGGUGACGGCCGCCUGCGAGGAGGUGAGGAAGAGCCAGAACUUCGGCCAGCUGCUGCAGAUCAUCCUGCUGACCGGGAACUUCAUGAACGCCGGGUCCCGCAACGCCAAGGCCUUCGGGUUCAGCAUCAGCUACCUGUGCAAGCUGCGCGACACCAAGUCUGCGGAUCAGAAGAUGACGCUGCUGCACUUCCUGGCGGACGUGUGUCAGGAGGAGUACCCCGAGGUCAUGCACUUCACCGACGAGCUCCUCCACGUGGAGAAGGCCAGCAGAGUCUCCGCGGAAACGCUGCAGAAGAGCAUCGACCAGAUGGGCCGGCAGAUCUCCUCCCUGGAGAAGGACAUCGAGACCUUUCCCCCUCCGCAGAGCGACAAGGACCAGUUUGUGGAGAAGAUGUCCAGCUUUGUGAGCGUGGCGCGGGAGCAGUACGAGAAGGUGGACCUCAUGCAUAAGAGCAUGGAGAAGGAGUACGAGGAGCUGGGGAAGUACUUCGUCUUCGACCCCCGCAAGAUGUCCGUCGAAGAGUUCUUCGGCGACCUCAAGAACUUCUGCGGCAUGUUCCAGCAAGCGGUGAAGGAGAACCAGAAGAGGAGGGAGGCGGAGGAGAAGAUCCGCCGGGCCAAGCUCGCCAGGGAGAAGGCCGAGAAGGAGAAGGAGGAGAAGGCCAAGAGGAGUCAGGUGCUGGACAUCAACGCAGAGGGAGAUGAGACAGGCAUCAUGGACGGCCUAUUGGAGGCACUGCAGUCUGGAGCCGCCUUCAGGAGGAAGAGAGGUCCACGGCAAGCAGCCAAUCGGAGAGCUGGAAAUGCGGUGACGGCCAUCCUGGGGAAGGAGCUGACGCAGGAGUCCACCCCGCCCAAAAAGACCAAAAUGCAGAAGGAGGGGAAGAAGGAGGAGGAGAAGAAGGAGGAGAAGAAGAAGGAGGAUGAGGAGGCAAAGGCUGAGUCCCUGGAGGCCCUGCUGGAGGCCACGCUUCCUGCCACCAGCUAAAGGAGCACGCUGACGGACCGACCGUGGACAGACCGUGGACACUGUGUGUGUGUGUGUGUGUGUGUGUGUGUGUGUGUGUGAAUGCACACUGAGGGGAGGGUGCUGAGUGCCCCCCCCUCCCCACCCCACACUCGUGCCCUCUCUCGCUGCUGCUUUGUCACCCCUGUGUUUACCCCCACGCCCCAAACACACGCCCCAAACACACGCCCGCACACUGCAUUCUGCUAUCGCCCAGCCCUGCUCCGCCAUUUCUCUCUUUCUCUCUCUCUCUCUCUCUCUCUCUCUCUCUCUCUCUCAUUACCAUACUUGCUGGCUCACUCGCU